GAAAGUUGUGAGUGAUAAUAACAGUUCAGAAGAUAAGUUAUUGUUUGAUAAAACCAAUAAGUUUUUCAAAGGAUCCUACCGGAAAAAAUCAUCCAAGAUGUGUUUGGAAGUUGCUACUUAUCAAGACAUAUGCCAGAAACAAAAGAGAAUGGCAGAGACUUUGGGCAACGUGCUGGUGGAGCGCGAGUCGGAGUCCCACGUUUCCGUGCACUUUGGGUCAAAUUGCGUUUACGUCCUAAUAGGGCACAACACCUCGGUGCAUUUCGAAACUGUCCUUGUACAAAGGGAUAGUAACAAAAAGGCUACUAGAUUACGAGAGUUGCUCCUGGAGGCACUCUAUGUGGAGAACGGCAUCGUAAUAAUAAAGAUUGAUGCCAACAAAAAGUUAUCAGUAUGGUCAAAAACAAGCACUUCAGAGUUGCUGAACUUCGUAAUGGAGCAGCAACUCUGGUCUGGAGACGACAUGUCCGAUCAUCAGAUGAACGCCCGGGAACAACGUUCCGUGGAAAGAAACCACGAAACCUUCUUCCACAAUGCAUUCUUCCCAAAAGCAAUCCGCUUUCCUGCACAAUGACAAAAAUGCAGAAAUUUGUUUUAAAAUUUUCAACGAUUUCUGCAUUUUUACUUGCUUGUGAAAUAAUAGUGAAAUUAUUAAUUUGUGUGUGCAAGCCUUACAUUCCUGAGGAAGCCAAAAGCGAGCAGACUCGCGUGCCUCUAGGGAUCACCGGAUCGAAAUUAGAUGAUCCAUUGCGAACAAUUGGGUUCCAAAGCUGAUGAUGAGAAGAUUUAU